GCGACGUGUUGCAUAGCUCCAUCAUGACAGCAUCACUAUCUUUAUUCAUGAGAAGGCUACUCUUCCUUAGCCUGAUACUGCAGUAUCUACUCCACCAUUGCAAUGGGCUUAUACGGCGAGAUACUAGAUCUAAUGAUAGUGAAAUCUUGCCAAGGUCACCUAGUCCAAUAACUUCAAUGCAAUGGAGAAUACAAGAAGAGAGGCUUUAUCUCAGAUGGAUUGAGAACAGUACUGCUAGUGGACUCAUGAAUGAUGCUAUGAUGCGUCAUUAUAUUCAUAUACACAGAAUGGUUUUGUUUCAUAAUACAUACGUGCCAAGUGAUGACUCACCCACUACUGUCAUUAGAACAUUAAGAGGCUCUCGAUCAGCUCAAAUAACUGGCCUAAGACCAAAGAGCAUUUACCAAAUAAAAAUGGUAACGUUAUCAAGAUCAGAAACAUUAUCAAGCAAACCAAUACGCAUUAAUACAGGACAAUUAGAGUUCUUACGUGCAUACAAUUUGACUGUUUCAAAAGUUAAGGAUACCAGUGCAGUAUUCAUAUGGUAUUAUGAGCCACCUUUUGUAUAUGAAAUCAGUUUUAAGUUGGAAUGUACUGGAGUUCAGUUAUAUAAAGAUGCUGUUAAAGUUACUAAACCAGUGAUCAGAUUCACAUAUGAAGCACUCCCUACAACAAAAGGACAGUGUUCCUAUUAUUCAACAACCCUCCAGCCUAAUACAAUGUAUCAUUGUCAUUUAUUAACAGUAGCUGACAGCAGUAUCAGCAGCCAGCCUUACAGUCAAGUACAGUUUUCAACAUCAAUUGGAAGGCCAUCUGCUCCACCUAUGCCAGUAAUUGUAACAGAUGCUAAACAUAAAUAUGAUUUUAGUGUCAAAUUAUUUAAAUCAAGUCUUAAAUAUGGACCAAUAAGUCAUUAUACAGUGUAUGCUGUCCCAGUUACACGUUCCAGUGGGUCCUCAUUGAAUCAUCCAUUCACUCCAGUAGUGCCUUACAAUGCACUGAUGCAUAAAUCAGUAACAAUGCACUUAGCAUCAGAAGUAUCAACAAGAUUACCAUUCAUGAUUGGACUCUAUGGAAAUGAGACUUUACCAAAUGAGCUGUAUUUUGAAGGAGAAGAUAUAAAAAGAACUGGAGCAUUCAAGGAAAAUGAAUACUACACAUUUAUUGUAUUUGCUUUUACUAAAAUAAAGGAUUCUAAUGGAACUGCAUUAUACUCAAUGAGUUUACCUGCCAACCCACCAAUACACAUUGAGUAUAGUGAAGAUGAUAUUUGGAUAGAAGAAAAGAAACCAACCAUAAAACACUUUGUGUUCAUUACACUGUACACUAUACUCUCAAUAACUGGUAUCCUAAUAGGAACAUUGCUUCUUAUAUGCUGCAUAUUAAUAAACAACAGAUACUGGACUUUUGGUAAAAUAAAAAGAAAAUAUAAAAAACUAACCAACAAAGAGAGCGAAGAGGAGGAGGAGGAGGAAGUGACCAUAUUCAUGAACUCAUUUAUAGAUACUCUGAAAUCAGAGACAAAGAGAGCCACAAAACCUAGAGGUCAUGGAUCAUUGAGACUAGAAGAAUUAAAAUUACUUGCACACGAGGAGAAUGAUGAAGAUUACAGACCUGAUUUAUUUUCAAUAGUGACACCUCCAGAUUCGCCUGUUGCUGUUAACAAACCAACAUCUCCAUUGGUAACACACGCAAUAAUUAACGAAACUAAUAACGAACAAUGUAACAAUGAGAGGAAAGGGCAAAUUGAUACCGAAUACAAUGACAGCAAAGCUACAUGUACCAAAUCAAGUAGCUACAUCAAUAGCUCAGUGGCAGCUCAUGUUAAUUGCAGUGAUGACGGAAUGAUGACUGCAGGUACAUUCAAGCUACCAAGAGCAAUAAAAUAUGUGCCACCCACUUCAGCCAUGAACAGUCAGCAGUAUUACAAGACACACACACCUGGGACACCUCUAAGGAGAAUGCCUGAACCAGUACCAAUCAGUAAAGAGCCGUCUAGACUGAGUCGGGAAGUAUCCAAAGCAUCUAUAUUGAGUGAAGACGUGUCAAAAGAAAUAACUGGAGAUCCGUCCAUUAGCAGAGAGCCUUCCCAAGAUGUAGGAGUGAUAAUAAAUGAUCCAUCGAUUAGCAAGGAGUCCUCUAGUGACCCGUUUGAUGACCCGUCCAUUAGUAGAGAAGCGUCUUCCAAGGAAAUGGAAGGAGUUAGUAACGGAGGGAUUAGAAUACAAAUCAUUAAUCCGGACAAUGAAAUUGAAGAGCUAAUUGAUACUGGAAUCAAAAUGAAUGACAGAAUGGAAUCAGAAAAUGCGAAUCGUCCAGGAAUAGGAACAAAUCCUGAAGAAAUAGUAACAAAUCUUAUUGAUUGGUGAACAAAGAUAAAAUGACAAUAAUAAUAAUAACAGUAACAAUAAAAUGAUAAUGAUUGUAGUAAUGAAUAUAUAAUUAGCUAAGUACGACUUUAAUGUUUUCUAAUAGUUUGAUGAUGUCACUUAACAAUAAA